UCGAUCAAAGUGUCCCCUUGCUCUGGAUUCCAUGUCGGUGGCGCGCUGCAGCUCAAAUUCGAGCAUCCGGUCCUUUCUCCACACCGACAAUGCCGCUAUUCCUCAACCUCCGCAACUACGACCCAUCGAAUCUUGCCUUUACCGAGGCUAGAUUACCGUGCCAUCUCGGAAAAUGUUGUAUACAAGUCCAACAAUGCUCUCAACCGUAAAGCACCGCUCCCGCAUGAUGCGGUCCAAUCUGUUGCUCGAAACUUCAAGGAAUUCAAAACGUUGUCGGGCGAACUUAAUUCUCAGCGGAAUGCUCGAUCUGUAGUUGGGGAACGAAUUAAACGGAGCGCGACAGAGAAGAACUUAGUGGAGAAGGAGGCCGCGCUCGCCGAAGCACUCAAGAUGAAGGAGAGCAUCGUCCAGUUGGAGUCUACUCUGAGUAAGCUCGAAGAGGAGAUGCUGGCCACUGCGCUGGCCCUCCCGAACGACACGCAUCCCUCCUCCCCGCUUGGACCCGAGUCUGCUGCCGUACUUCUGUCUACACAUGGUCCUCCACCAAUACCCGCAACUCCAAAACGCGACCACGUGACGAUUGCACAAAAAUAUGGGCUGCUGGAUCUUGAGAAGGCGGCGACGGUGACCGGCAAUUCAUGGUAUUAUCUAAUUAAUGAGGCGGCGCUUCUCGAAUUGGCGCUCACCAACUAUGCACUGUCUGUCGCCAUCAAGCAUGGUUUCACACCAGUCAUGACGCCAGACGUUGUCCGCUCAGACAUUGCGGGCCGUUGUGGCUUCCAUCCCCGAGACCACGCGAGCCAGACCUAUCACAUCCAGAGCAAGUCUCAAGACUUGAUCCUGGCUGCGACUGCUGAGAUCCCUCUCGCUGGCAUGUUCGCCAAUCACAUCCAACUGGAACGUACGUUGCCCAUCAAGGUCGCUGGGGUCGGGCACGCGUUUCGUGCUGAGGCUGGUGCGCGCGGCGCAGACACACGGGGGCUGUAUCGCGUUCACCAGUUCACCAAAGUGGAGCUGUUUGUUGUCUCGCCUCAUGACGAAAGCGAGCAGUUGAUGGAGGACAUGAAAAAUGUGCAAAUCUCCAUAUUAAGUGGCCUGAACCUCUCCUUCAGGGUUUUGGAUAUGCCUUCGGAAGAGCUGGGUGCCAGUGCGUAUCGCAAAUAUGACAUGGAAGCAUGGAUGCCCGGCCGGGGAACAUGGGGCGAGGUGUCCUCUCUUUCGAACUGCACCGACUACCAAUCUCGGCGAUUGCAUAUUCGGUACAGAGAGAGCGCGCCCAACACAACACCGACGAGUCCCUUCGCCCAUACCUUGAAUGGGACAGCUGCUGCAAUCCCACGAUUGAUCGUCGCACUGCUCGAGAACGGCGCGAUAUUCGAUGACCGAGACGAGCUUAUUGGCAUCGCUCUGCCCGAGGUCCUGCGUCCAUUCUGGAUAGGAGAGUCCAAGCCUUACAUCCAGUGGCAAUAA